UGACACAAAGCUCGAAAGUAGGGGUGAAAGAGAUUUUCUGCGCAAUCGCAUAAGGGAGGUCAAGUCAAAACCCGUAUCUUUGCGAUUCUGGACCUCCUAAACCCUACACCAGCAAUGGCGAAUCUUCCUAUGUUCCUCACCCUCAUCUCACUUCUCCCAUUUCUAUGCUACUCCUUCUCUCCCGAAAACCCCACUGAUCGCCGCAUUCUAGUCGUCCUCGAUGACAUCGGCCUCAAAUCUUCCCACUCCAUCUUCUUCAAAUCUCUCCAAACUCGCGGUUUAGAGCUCGACUUCAAGCUUGCAGACGAUCCGAAGAUUUCUCUUCAAAGAUACGGCCAAUAUUUAUACGAUGGAUUGAUUCUAUUUUCCCCGACAACCGAGCGGUUUGGAGGGUCAUUGGACCUGGGUGCCAUUCUCGAUUUUGUUGAUUCUGGUCAUGACUUAAUUAUAACUACUGAUGCAUCUGCAUCUGGUUUGAUCCGGAGUAUCGCGACGGAGUGCGGCGUUGAUUUUGAUGAGGAUCCGUCGGCUAUGGUUAUUGAUCACACCAGCUAUGCAGUGUCAGACACCGAAGGAGACCAUACAUUGAUUGCUAGUGAUGAUUUCAUUCAGUCCGAUGUCAUUCUGGGAAGCACCACAGUUGAGGCCCCUGUACUUUACAAAGGGAUUGGACAUUCAUUAAAUUCUGCCAACAGCCUGGUUUUGAAAGUUCUUUCAGCUUCUCCUUCAGCAUAUUCUGCUGACCCAAACUCCAAGUUGUCAAGUCCUCCAUUGUUGACUGGAUUGGCUAUUUCAUUAGUUUCAGUUGUGCAAGCUAGAAACAAUGCUCGGAUCAUGAUCUCUGGUUCUUUAGAAAUGUUUAGUAAUCGACUGUUCCAGUCUGGUGCUCAGAAAGCUGGGAGCUCAAAUAGGUAUGAGAAAUCAGGUAAUGAACAGUUUGUGACUGAACUUAGCAAAUGGAUUUUCCAUGAAAGGGGUCAUCUAAAGGCUGCAAAUGUCAGGCACCACAAAGUUGGGGAAACAGAUGAACCUGCAAUGUACAGGAUCAAUGAUGACCUUGAAUACUCUGUUGAGAUCCAUGAAUGGUCUGGUAAGAGCUGGGAACCAUACGUAUCUAAUGAUGUUCAAAUACAGUUCUACAUGAUGAGCCCCUAUGUAUUGAAAACCCUGUCAAGUGACCAGAAGGGUAAAUACUUUACAUCAUUCAAAGUGCCCGAUGUUUAUGGGGUCUUCCAGUUUAAGGUCGAGUAUCAGAGACUUGGAUACACUAGCUUGUCUCUCUUGAAGCAGAUUCCAGUCCGGCCCUUCAAACACAAUGAAUAUGAAAGAUUCAUAAAAACAGCAUUUUCCUAUUAUGGAGCUUCAUUUUCUGCUAUGGCAGGGUUCUUCAUCUUCACCAUUGUCUACCUGUACUACAAGUGACACUGAUGUGUUUGGAGAGAACAUUACCAAGACAUUGACAUAGUUCUUAGAUUUUUUUUUUUUUUUUUAAUUUGCAGGAUUGCUGACAGUUUUCAUUCCCGCCACCAAAGACCAGUUAUGAGGAAGUUAGCCGGGGCAAAGUUUGAUCGAAUUUUCUCCAAUACCAUUUUCAUAUUUAACGCUCUUGUAAUGAUCUUACAUUGUCAUCAUUCAUUGUUGGCCCUUGCUGCCAAAAGCUUCAAUGGAGAGGUAGGGAGCUUUAAAAUCCCGAGGUCUCACCAUACCAUA